UAAGCAGUCAUCUCUAAAUAGAUGUACGCUACAAUUUUACGUUGAUAUUUUAAUGAAAGUACGUCAGUAAACGAUGUAGUUUCAUGACAGUUUGUAAAUCAAUCAACUGUCAACGAAUUUAACAUGCAGAGCGAGUUAAUUCUGCCGUUUGCAUUUUCCGUCUACUAGAUCUGUUAUUGUAUCUGCCUGAGACAAAUUCAUCUUUGUUUUGAGAUGUCUACCAAUCAUCUAAACCAACCCUGGAGAGGUACUUAACCAGACACAUCAGUGGCACACAGGGCCGAAAUACCAGCCGUUCAUGGGUGUAAACUAUAACACGAAAGGCUGUGAGCUGUCAGCAGAGCUGGAGACAUGUGGGUUUUUGGAUACGGAUCUUUGAUUUGGAAAGUUGACUUUCCAUACGAGGAGAAACGUGUUGGUUUCGUCAGAGGGUUCAGUCGCAGGUUUUGGCAGGGAAGCAUCGAUCAUCGAGGAGUGCCUGGAAAGCCUGGGCGCGUGGUGACAUUAAUAGAGGACAAUCAGGGUUGUGUAUGGGGUGUUGCAUAUAAAUUGCCAUCAGGCCGAGAAAAAGAGGUAAAAGAAUACCUAGACUACAGAGAAAAGGGUGGUUAUGUGGUGAUCAACGUUACAUUUUAUCCCAAAGAUGAAGAACAUCAGGCAAUGCAGGACACUUUACUCUACAUUGGGUCCUGCAACAACCCAAAUUACCUUGGCCCUGCGCCUUUGGAGACAAUUGCUCAGCAGAUUGUCAAAUCUGUAGGUCCCAGUGGCAAGAAUACAGAUUACCUGUUUGAGCUUGCUGAUGCCCUUCGGCAACUAGUACCUGAAGACUUCGAUGAUCACUUGUUCUCUUUGGAACGCCUUGUGAAGGAGCUACAGGAGGAGAAGUUGGAGUGAUCUGCCCUAGUCUACAUUGUCCUUAAUCCUCUGAAGCGACUCAAGAAUUUAGUCCACUUUUUAAAUUGUCAGAUUAUCCACUAUGACAGCUGAUGCAAUUCAAAAUGGAUAACUUUAAGAGAUUAGCAGUUCUCAAAAUUGGCUUUAGUAUAUGAUCUGAUGUGACAUGCCAGAACAUUUGUCUUGUGUUCUACAGGAAUCCAAUCAGGAACUAAAUGGAUUGCAGUAUAAAGUAUGUUUCAUUUUUUUAUAUUGUAGAUGAAAGUUUGUCAUAACCUUUACGUCCAUGAAAAUUUAAUGAAUGAAUAAUUCAUAACUGGAGGCUGAUUUAUGUUACUCAGGAUCCUUGAAUGUAAUUCCUAUAAAAUUAUAUUUUGCAUAAAUAAAAUUAAACACGUUUUAGGAUCAUUAAAUAUAUUUGCAUUCAUAUUAUUUUUUUUAUUCUAGCCACUGUAAUUGCAUUUAUGUUCUUUACAUGCUUCAUGUGAUUUACCCAAACAGAGCUUUUGUCUUUUAAUGUAUUCAAGGUCCACUCAGUAACUUUUGUCUUUGUCGUCUUAGACUUGAACUGACAGCUAGCAGUUUGAAUGCAGCAUCAUUUUACAUCAGUAGUUUUUGGUUUCAGGUGCCAUUGUAGAAAUGUAUUAUGAUUAAUUUAAUCACUGAGUGAAUGUUAAAUAACAGGACAGUUACGGAGAUUAAAGGAAUGUUCCAAGUUCAAUACAAGUUAAGCUCAAUUGACAGCAUGUGUGUCAUUUUAGGGGUUUAGGGUCUGUUGACAUUACAUCGUCAUGGCAACAAAGUUGUAAAACUUCCAUAGUAAGUGCCUCACUGCCUCCUUGAUUUUUUUUUAUUAUAUAUAAAAAAUGCCACAAAUGCUGUUGAUUGAGAUUAAAUUGUAUUAAAUCCAGAACAUUCCUUUGAGUAGUAUUUUGUUGGUCAUGUGAUUCCAACAUGGCAGCCUCUAUGUGCGGACCUUCUAAUAUA